AUGUCUGCUCAAGUCACCAUCCCUGCACGAGUACUCGUUGGCUCUGCGCUUGCAUAUUUUAUCUUCAAUUCUAUCAACGCUAUUCGAAACCGACCAAAUUUGAAGCAUUCUUCACGGCCUGCUUCUCUCACGCCUGGACAGAUCGAGAUCAUCAAAGCCACCAUUCCAGUCCUCGAAGAGCAUGGGUACACAAUUUCGUCCGUUUUCUACCAGACCUUGCUUGCCGAGCAUCCGGAAUUGAACGAAGUCUUCAAUACCGCCAACCAGGCUAGCGGACACCAAGCUCGCGCUUUGGCUGGUGCUCUCUAUGCAUACGCCUUGCAUAUUGAUGACUUGGCCGCACUUGGCCCUGCUGUUGAAUUGAUUUGCAACAAGCAUGCGUCUUUGUAUAUUUCACCCGGGGACUAUGGAAUCGUUGGGGAGUAUUUGCUCCGUGCCAUGAAAGAAGUCUUGGGCAGUGCAUUGACAAAAGAUAUCCAUGACGCCUGGGAAACUGCAUAUUGGGCCCUUGCGAAUGUUCUGAUCAGCCGGGAAGCCGCUCUCUACAAGGAAAACUCUGGUUGGACUACUUGGCGCAACUUUAUGGUCAUUAGGAAGAAUAUCGAGUCCAGUGAGAUCACGUCCUUCUACUUGAAGCCGACCGAUAAAGAACCACUCCCAAUCUUCCGUCCCGGACAAUACAUUUCGGUGAAAGUCGACAUUCCUAGGCUCAAAUAUCUACAGCCUCGUCAGUACUCUCUCAGCGACAAGCCCCAAUCGGACUUUUAUCGAAUUAGCGUCAAGAAAGAGACAGGGGCGGGCCUUACGUCGGGCGUGGACAACCCCUCUGGCUAUGUUUCGAACGUUCUUCAUGAUGAGACCGAAGAAGGAGAUAUCAUUCAAGUAUCCCAUCCGCGCGGUGACUUCUUCUUGACUUCUGAGCACUCAACACAUCCUCUUGUGCUGCUAUCGGCUGGUGUAGGAAUCACUCCUAUGAUGUCAAUUUUGAACACUAUUAUUGCAAGCUCCAUUGACCGCAAGGUUCACUUCAUUCAUGGAUCGCGUACCACCAAAGCACGUGCAUUCCAAGACCACGUCCAAGCUUUAGCCAAACAGCAUCGCAACAUCCAGGUGACACUCUUCACCGUCCAGCCCUCGAAUGAGGACACCAAAGGGGUCACGUAUCAUCACACUGGCCGCGUUAAUCUCGAGAAGCUGAGCCCAGAUGCUGACCUGUAUCUGGACAACAAGUACACGGAAUACUACGCCUGCGGCCCCGAAGGCUUCAUGAGCGAUACGUCGGCGGCCUUGAAAGCGCGCUCGGUCACCUCAGAUCGGAUCAAAUUAGAGUUGUUUGGAACUGGCGGAGCGCCACAGUGA